GCAGCGCAAACGAGGAGGCGACCGGUGGCCCUGGGAACUCGGCCGGACGCCAGGACCGCAGCAGUGCGUCCAUCGGGCAGUCGACGACGAGGAGAGGCACAGAGAGCGAGAGCGAGAGCGAGAGGAGAAGAGAAGCUGGGACGAAAAUUUUAGACGCCGGUAAGUGCAAGAGCGCUGCGCGGAUUUCAUCAUUGAUUGGCGAGGGAAGGAAGGCCGGAGGAGGAGGAGGAGGAGGAGGAGCAGGAGGAGGUUACGAGAGAAGGAAAACUCGGAGGAAAAAAAAGUUAUGGAGGCCCAAGAAUGUGGGUGCCGGAGGGAGUAGGAGGAGCAGGAGGUGCUGCUGCUGCUGCUGGCGUAAGCAUCGGGAGGAGAGAUCGAGGGAGGGAGGGGAGUAGCAGGAGGAGACGGAAUUGCGGUUGGUUUAGAGGUGGAGCAAAAGGAGAAUCGGUCUGGGCCCGUGGGCUGGGGGUUUUGAAUAUUGGCUGGGCGAGCUGCGGGAGCAUCGGCGCAUUCUUGCACUCUUUGGAGUAGCAGCAGCAAGCAGGUGAGGGUGGGGAAUGGAGUUAGUGAUUGAUUGAGGGAGGGAUGGAGGAAGCGUGAGUGAGUGAGUGAGUGAGGGUGGGUUUGGGACAUGUGAUUUGGUGGGACUGGGCGGAUGUGAAUUGUGGGUCACUGUGGCUACUGCGCCCGCCCAUCUCGGCCUGCUCCUGAGGGCACGGAGUCUGUGAUUGUUCAAGAGUUACUGUUGUGCACACUGCUCCGGCUGGUUGCAUUGUUUUGGACAGACACCCACUUCAUACAUUGCAAGGAGACCUAAUAUGUGCAAUCUGAGACCUAAUUCUCUCGGACGCUUCGAGGCAUCAGAGUUGUGGAGCCCUGACAGGUCAAAUUGUGCUUUCACCUGCACGUACCGCCCACGGGAAUGAUUAUCAUGCAUGCCGCUGCCGGAUGACGAGCUUGAGCUAAUCUGGCUGGCAAAGAGCUUCGAUAUUUGGAGAGAUGCCCCAACAGCUCGGACACAUGACUGCAACCUCCCAACACUGUUAGUUUAGAAAUGCUUGAUCUCGGACUAGUGUUUUCGAUUUGCAAAAGGGGUGGUGAGGUUCUGGAACUGCUUACAGCAGUAUCCGUAAUUGAUAUACAGGUGCGGCGAGGUAGAGUGUUAUGAAAGCGCCUUUUGACAGGAGGAUGAGUUGUGUCGGAAGCUUUUAGGUGCGGUUGGACGCAGGUCUUUCAAGAAACAGUGUUGUGCGAAUCACCGACACCAGUGGAUGUGGAGGGAUCUGGUGAUUUGGAAUCUCGACGAGGGGCAAAUGAUAGCCAGAGUUAGAUUUUGUCCAGGGCCAGAGAAAAUGUGAAGAGAAGUAUUUACGAACGGGACAGGACAGUGUGCAGCCUCUGUAUCGAUUGGGGGCCGCAUGAUGUACAGGCUACAAGAUCUGUUUUCUGAAAGCAGAAAGGAACCUGAAUCUCGUACCUCAAGUCACCACGUACCUUUAUCGUCUGGUGCUGCAAAUUGUCAAUCCUCCGCGGCAUAUCAACUUCUAUUGCAACCUUUUAUUCUGGGCUUUUUAGACUGUUGAACCCCGGAGGAUUUGGGUCUCGAUUCGUCUAGUCUGGGUAAAACAACGCAAAAACAUCCAUGCAGUUGGAGGUGCUGUCAUGAGGAUUGUUGGAGAGUAGGAAUUGGUUCAACCCCUGGAACUCAGAUGGAGAGUCAUAAACAGGAGGAGACACAAACUGAAGAAAGAAACAGCUAACAAUGAAUCGAGCCCCAGUAACUCGUUCCGACUCCGUUGGGAGGUCUGAUGGAACGGCUUUCAGGCGGUGGCUUGUGGCUUUGUGUACCAUCAGGUUCGAUCUUGAGCAAGGCCAGGUUGUUGAGGAAUGUCAUCCAGCGGGUGCCCUUAGUGUCGAAGAGGAGCUCGAUGUCGCCUUCAACUCAUUUCCAGAUUCUAUGUCACAGGCCGAAAAUCGUGCAAGCAUCCACGAUUGCGUCUUCUUUUUCCGCAUCCGACGACGUGGAUCAGUAGCUACUACGAUAUCUCCUUCUACAUUACGGCGUACUGCAUCCCUAGCUUAUGACCGAACUGCUGAAGACAUCACUCCAGUUGGUUCUCCUGCUUCCCAAGUGCUGAGAGAUCUUGCCGAAGCAGGCCAGAAAAGUGUCGAAGGAUCACCUUUGAGAGACGGGGUCGAAGCUGAGAACAAAAGCGUCGACGGGUCUCCUUUGAGGGAUUGUGUUGAUGCUGGAUACAAGAGUGUGCAGGGGUCGCCAGUUUUGAAAGGUGACACUGGACUUGUGGGAUCACCAGUUUCGAAAGAGGUUAACAGAACCAAUGGGCCUCUUAUCUUCAAGGACAGUAGUCCUUCAUUCACUGCACGUCAGGGAUCUGUCCAUCAAGAAACAGCUGAAAGAGCCACAGCUGAAGAGGCUUCAACAUCACCGGGAGGACGAGGAGAGGACGGUGCAUCUGGAGGACAAAGUAGUGAAGGGCUCUGGGGUCCGUUAUCUGUCAUUGAUAAAUUGGCGAGUGUCAUAUCUCCCAAGUUGAAGCCUCGAGAUUCUGGCACUGCAAAUGCUGGAGAAAUUCCAGCUUCAAAAGUCGUCAAUAGCAGUCCACCGAAAGGUUCCCUCAGUAGUAUGUCCUUGACUAGGGAAAAAGGGAAUGCAAGUUUCGGAAGUAGUCGUGGCGGUCCUGGUAGUGGAGCACCAAAGUAUCUCUACGGUUUCGUCUUCAACCGGCAGCGACAGGACGAGAGGUUAAAGAGAGGUGGUGAGCAAAAAUCUGUGGUGGUGCUCUCAGAACGUCCAUUUUCUUGCGUUUAUAAGCCUCUUGUUCAGAUAUUAGGUCCCCUAUACUUUGACAUCGGUCAGAAGGCGUUGGAACAGGUCGCGGCUGAUGUCACACAUUGGCCUGCUCCACUCCAUGGGCAACUGAUGGAGCUUUCAGUAGCCAGCACAACAAUACGAGCUCACCUUCCUCCUGCUCAUACACUACCCCCUGGAGCGGGCAAUCCCAUUGAUGAGUUCACUUGUGCUAUUGCUCCUGCUGCACCCGUGGCAAGGUCUGUACCACAAGGGAUCUUUCACGAAGCAGAUCUUUUCGGGAUGUUCCGUGGUGUCUUGAUGCAGCUCUGGGUGCUUUGGGAGCUCCUGCUGGUCGGAGAGCCUUUACUGGUCAUUGCGCCUACUCCUUCUCAGUGUUGUGAAGCCGUUGCAGCGCUUGUCGGUCUGGUAGCUCCCCUUCCUUGCAGUGUUGAUUUCCGCCCUUAUUUCACAAUCCAUGAUCCUGAUUUUGCGACCCUCAAUGCAUUGAAGGAAGGUGAGCCCGUUCCUCCCAUGGUCCUUGGAGUCACAAAUUUAUUUUUCCUGAAAGCCCUUCGCAACCUUCCGCAUGUCAUAUCCGUUGGCAAUACGAUUUCGACUUCCAACAGGUUCAAGGUCGUUUCCAGAUCCCCCUCACAGAAUGGAGCAAACGGGGCUAAACCGAAUCCUGGUCGCCUCCAGCUACAACUACAAAUACAAUUGUCCCCACUCAAACGAUUCUCUCCCACAAAUCUUCUGAAGGUAGCGCGGGUGAAGAAGGACGGACCGAUUUCACUGAUGUCAGAACAUAAAGAGGCAUUGUGGACCAACUUUGCUGCUUCUACGAAGCCGGACACAACUGUUCUGAAUCGAUUAGUCGAUGCUGGAAUGACUCCUCGAACUGAGGAAUCCAUGACUCUGGUAAACAACGAGAUUUUACGUCGGCACUUCAUUGAGCUAACGACAAACUUUUUGUCCCCAUUUGGCCCGUACUUGCGAGCUUCUGCACCUCAAGAAGGGGCUUCUCCUUUCGCGGACCCCCCUCCCUUGCCUCGAUUUGAUGCACAUGAGUUUCUGGAUGGAUUAGCUGCACGAGGUUCUGGCAAGUUUUUGGCUAAGCGCUUGCGAGGCAACUGGCUCGAGCUUUACAGGCGCUUUUUGAAGGGACCAAAUUUUAUGCCGUGGUUUCAACGUCGAAGAGCCGUAGCUGAGCAGGAGCAGCACCGUAUAUGGCGGCAGGCCAGGUCUAAAGCAGAUGUGCGCGGAUUUCUGGCCAAAAUGUCAGAGGUAGAGAUCAUAGAUUCUUUUAGUGCCAUAGAACGGCACCUUAUUAAUGAACUUCAGAUUGUACAACGAGCAGGACUGGGAAAUUCAGAGGGUCCAAUUUGUCAGAAGCUGCGGAGUGACUUGCGAGCUAUAUUUAAUGUCUUGCCUAAGGACAUGCAACAAAUGCUCUUGUUCAACCCGCAAAGAGCAUCACUUCUUCAAGGGGGUCGUGAGUUGACAAAGCUUCCUGGUCGAGCAUCCUUCAGCUUUCGAAACUCCGAUCCUACUGAUAUCCCAAAGAAGGGGGACUCUUUCCGUAUUCGAAACGCAAGCUCUCCCGAGCUGACUGGAAGGAGAACCCUCUCUCUUCAACGAACGCCUGAUUCUCCCUCCAUAACCUCUAAAAUUAGCCCUCUUGUAUUUCCAGCUCCUUCCAGCAGAGCUCAAGAACUGGCUCAGGAUCCUCUUGAUCUCGAGAAGACUUGAAACACCUGUGAAUUUCGACUAUUGCCAGCUUAUGCAUCAUUCGACCAGUCGAAGAUGUCAGGUGUAGUGUGUCCAACGGAUCCAGCAGAUAUGCCUCAUCACGUCCAGGUACAAAUGUGACACAAUUCGACAUUCGAAAAUCUGUCACCCGUCACAUGACACCAUCUUUUAGAUCUCUGAUUACUUGUAGCCAUGUUAGUAUACCGAUUUCCUCCUUACAGAAGAUGACAGGUUUGUACAUACAAGCCUUUAGGUAGAUCUUGUCUUGUCUCCCUUCAUCCUGUAGGUUUACGAGGGAGUUCAAGCACCAGCUUGCUUCUUCAUUGUUCAGAGCUUUGACCUUUGUAGGUAUUUCUCGGUGGGCCUUGUAUGCAAAGCAGGUAUCAUCCCGCAUGUGCCAUAGGCCUGACAGACAAUUCAGUGGAUGAGCAUAAGUGUAGAUCUUGCACCUACCAUGUGUACCAAAACAAGAUACUAAGAAUCUGCUGCUAGUUCUGGUAGCAGAGUGUUGACUUGGUUUUUCAGUCAACUUCGAAGUUUGGAUUAUACACGAUGAAAUCUUUCAGC